UACAAUCAGUCUGGAAACUACAUCAGCAGCAGCAGCAGCUUACACACAUCUCUGUAUACCGACUGCAACAACCAACAAAGCACAAUGAGUGCAGAGGGAAAACCUCCUUCCUACAUCAUACCAGUUCAAGGUCAGGGUCCGGCUGACGUGGUGGUUUAUCACACACACACUCCCUUCAACGCGAACUCAAGCACAAAUGAGCAAAACAGCACUCAUGCCUCACCAGUGUUCACCAGUGGAGGCGGUAUGGAGACCGGAGACAGCAAAAAUAAGUUUGUGAGCUACAAUGACAGUCUGGGUCACUCUGGCGGAAUGACGACCUGCACCUCCUGCCAGCAGCAGGUCAUGACCAACGUCACCUACAAAGCGGGGACGUACGCCUGGCUGAUGUGUUUGCUCUUCAUCUGCUGCGGAUUAGUGCUGUGCUGCUGCCUGAUUCCUUUCUUCAUGAAAAACUUCAAGGAUGCGUAUCACACGUGCCCCCGCUGCAACAGAGUGCUGCAAGUCAACAAGAAAAAAUGCUGUAAAUGAUGAAGCUGAUGGGCCUCUCUUUAUAGAAAUAAGGAAGAACACCCUGUUACCUUUGUAAUGGAGCUUAUUUCUAUGGAAGCAAAAUCAAACAUCAUAUCAUCAGCAAAACAGACUGGGAUGUCAUUGAGUUGUCAGAGCUUAAAUAUCAUGUGCUCACGUUUGCUCACGUGCUCUGGCAAGUUAAAUUAACUUAAUUAAUUUGUGCCCAAACACUUGGCUAUAUUUAUCAUGAUAAGGAUAAUUUGUUAUGAUUGGUUUAAAGUCUUUCAAUUUUUUUUUUUUUUGAUCACAUGAAAUGUCAAAAGCCAAAAGUCAGGAUUUUUUUUGAAGAAUGAGGAAAAAAAGCUAACAAUGUGUUUGUUAAAUGUUUUCCAUAUGAUUUUUUUUAUACAAUGCAUAUUUGUGCACAUUUUUGAAAUUCAACGUGUUUUGAGUUCAUAGAUACCAAACCACUGAUGUGCUCCUUGUAGUUUUUUUUUUUAAAUAGAGACAUUUUCUUAUCUCUUUGGGCAUAUAAUGUUAAAAUAUAAUGAAAUAUAGAGAAAAAAAGACUAGAUUUAAUAAAAACUCACUUCAUAGCAAAACGUUUUGACCGUUUUUAAAAGAUUUUGUGCUUAAAGGAAGCCCAGAAAACACAAAAUUAUAGU